ACAAAAUCAAAAGUGGUUUAUCGAUCGAACUGGUCAUCCAUGGAUUCCUUCGGCGACGACGAAUUCCCAGAGCUGACCUACUGCGACAGCUGCCGGAAAAUGGCCAAGACGGAGAUGAAAGAAGAGUACGACGACGACGAUUACAUUUACGAGGACGACGAUUUUGGUGGCGAUGACACACUAAAGCUACGUAUGAUCCACUACAGGAGGAACUUGACGCUCAAUGGUUGUUUUUAUGCUGAUUGCCCUCCUCCACAAUAUUAUAUGUACGCCAGUACGCAGCCACACUCUGGAUACCAUUUCAAAUACCAGCAGGGCUUCGAUGACACUGUUCAAGAUUGCGCCGAAUUCGCGGUCGAGACAUUUAAUGACGAGCUGGGCGCUGAGAUGGAGCUUCGUGAGAUUGAGAAUGUCUCUGUUGGAGGUUCUGGUUACAGGCAAAUCUAUAUGAUUCUUCGUUGCUGCAAUGUUGGUAGCUCCGGCGAUGGCGGCCCUGAUGAGAAGACUUACAGAGUUGUGGUUUCCUGUUGCUGGUGGAGAAAGGCAAACAAAAAAGUUUUGGUCUUCAAGGACUGCCAUGAGAACAAUUUGUUGAAGCCCAAUCGGUCCUUCGACGAGCGCACAACGACAGAGCAGCGCAGCCCUCAUCCAAUUGAACAUGAUGAUGCCUGAAAGCUGAUGUUAAGCAACAUGGCGCAACACUAAUUGGGCUUUCGAUUCCGACAACGGUUUUCCCCAAUUCUCAAUUGGAGAUUUGGGCUUGGAUAGCGUCGAGGGGUUUCCCCUAUGCCCCAGGGACGACGACCAGAUCAGUGAGGAAUAAGGCGGGUGAAGGGUUCGCCGCCACUGGAUGUCGUUCCUCGAUAGCGCAGCCACCACCGCCACCGCACUCUCUCUAGUCUCUAAUUGGCUGCAACAACGACGGGGGAGGGAGAAGCAUGC